AAGAUCCUAUCGCAUAUAUAUCUUUGGAGAAUACUGCAGAUCUGUACACAGACACACACUUACAAGAUCAAUUACAGAGGGGAGGAAACUGGAUGAUAUUAAUAAGCUUUUUUCAAACACAUAGCUAAUCGCAUGUUAAAAGCCUAAUAGACGCACAGAUAGAAACCACUGUCUCAUUAUUGUAGGAACAGUCAACAGAGAAAAAUCCUAGAACCUAAAACACACACACACAACUACACAGACAGAGUCGUUCACACUCACUGACGCGCACCCCUUAAUGGUGUCAUUGGCCGCAUCGGGCCACCUCUCGCUCAAGUACAAAACUUCAGCACGUUUUGCAAGAUCCGGCACAUUUCGCAAGCUUUUUUGCAUGAAUUUCUUUGGCCGGGUCGACAGCCAGCGUUCUCUUACCCUAUUCUGCUUUUCCAAGCUGGCGUUUUCCUCUCUGUAUCUUCACCAGCCGGUGAAAGAGUCGACUGGCAAGUGGUUCGUUUCUUUGAUGAAAUUGUGAUUUGAGGGCGGAUUAUGGGGACUGCAGAAAUCUCAAGGAAGCGUGUGCUGGUGUUGCUGAUCUUCACGCUGCUAUUCGCUGAAGGAGAAACUUUGGGUCUUGCAUCCAAUGCAUUGGUCAAGUACAAAUAUGUUGUGGAUUUGGUACUGGAGACUUUGUUCAGUCCAGACACAUUGCCGACGUCAGGAUUCAGGAUUGAAGCUGUAACUCAACUUAAUGUGGUCUGGGAAAACGGCAGCAGCCAGCAUGAGAAGCUAAUUCAAUUGCAAGUAGAAAAGGUAAAACUGCUGAACGUUUCUGAACAAAAUGAGAAUCGAAACAGCUUCAAAGACGCUCAUUCUGAGAGUUUGCUGGGGCCGACAAUAAUGGCAGCUUUAAAGAAACCCGUUAUCUUUCAUUGGAAUUCAGGAAAGAUAGAGGCUCUGUAUGGUUCUGCUGAAGAAAGGGGACUACCUCUGAACCUAAAAAGAGGUCUGGUUAGUCUUUUCCAAUUACAGCCGAAUUCUGGGACAAUCACGGAGGUUGAUGUGUCCGGCAACUGCAGAGUCACCUAUGAAAUGGCGAAUAACCAGGUGAUCAAGAUCAAAGACCUCCUUAGUUGUGGAAAAACAGAAUUUGGCUUUGGUGCACCCAAUCAGGUUCUUGGAGUUCUGUGGCAACCCACAUGUAAAGGUCUUUACUCUGUGGAGAAUGGUGUUAUCAAAGCAGCUGUCAUCGAGGAGGGUCAUAUAUUCAAACUCAAUCUUCAAACAACAAUUGGAGCCAAAAUCAGCUCAAGGCAGCAGCUUCACUAUAUGACUUCGGAAAUACAACCCAAAGCAUUCUACGGGGAAAGUCUUCAGGAAACACUGCAUAAUCUAGGGAUCUUCACACCCUUAUCUAUGACUGGAGUUCUGGAGAAGAUACCCUGCAAGAACUGUACACUUGCAAAUGACUAUUUGAAAAGUCUCAAUAAGAAAAACAACCUGCAAGAUCUUUCUAAAAUAUCUGCAGCAAAGGUAUUCCUAGCGUUUGUUCAACUACUGAGAGAAGCAAAGAAGUCAGAGAUCCUAAACUUUCUGAAGAAGGCAGCUGACAAUGAGAUCUCCUUCCUGAUCGACUCAGCCACAGCGGCACAGACUGAAUCAUCCUUGAGUGCGCUCUCAGAAUACCUGGAUUUCACCAAAGAGAAACAAAGUCCUCAAGUGAAGACAUUCUUGUACGCUGCCGCCUUCUCUUCCUACCCAUCCAAAGAGCUUUUGAACACAUUGUUGGCAAAGCUUCAAAGUAGGAUUGCCAGCAGAGAAGUCGAAGAAACCACUGUUUCAGUGAUUGGAGCAGUGAUUGGCAAAAUGUGUCUGAGAAACCUGUGUAAACUCCAGGAAGUUGAAAUUGCGAAGAAAGUGAUUUUGGAGGGACUGAAUACAGCUAAAGAAGAUGUGAAGAUGUACCUCCUGGCACUGAAGAACGCGAGGCUUCCAGAAACGAUCCCACUCUUGUUACAAUACACCAAGGGCCAAACAAAUUCCGUGACCUCUAUCGCUGUGGCUGCACUACAGAGAUUCCCAAGUGCCUAUAUCACUCAAGAGGUGAAGAAACAGAUGAACAGAAUUUUUCACCAAAGCAGGAAUCGGUAUGGGACUGCUGUGCGAAUGGCUGCACUAGAUGUGAUCCUCAAUAACCAACUUUCACCAAUGGAAUUGAAAAAUAUUGUACUGUCUAUGAGAGAAAUGGAACCAGAACUAUCUAAGUAUACAGUGGCAAAACUGCAGAAUAUCCGGCACUCAGACCACCAUCAGGCAAGCGAAGUAAUAAGAGAGCUCCUGAGAGAUCGACUGAUAUAUAAUUACUAUCAUAUGUCUAGAUUUGGAUGUUCAUCUUCCUCUUCGGGAUACUUAGCAGUUACCACAGAUGCCAUAUCCUCUUACAAUAUGGAUUUACUCUUUGGAGACACUGGAAUAUUACAGAAGAGUCUCACGGAUUUCUUCAUACUAAAUCAGGGAAAUCAGCUUCAUGCAACACAGGUAUCCAUCGAAGCACAAGGUCUCGACUCUUUCUUCAAAGAAAGCCCUGCACAGGACGAGGAUGAUGAUGAUGAUGAAAUCACGGCCAGUAUGUCAGUGAUUCUCUUUGAUGUCCAGUUCCCUCCAACUGUAUUUUUCCAAGGGUACAGUGAUCUAAUGGAGAAGCUCUGGUCAGUCACUGAAGAACCUACGAGUAUAAUAAAAGGAUCCACUUUGCUGAUUGACCAUCUACAGUCAGUCAUGUUGCAGUCUGGCCUUGUAGCAAAUGCUGAAUUCCAAGGGGGGCUUGGAAUUGACGUUUCUGGCAUCAUUGAGCUCAGCUUAUGGAGUCAAAACUGUAAAACCAACAUCAGAAGCAGAGGGGCACUGGUCAUUAAUUCUGUAAUCAAGGUGGACACGACCUUUGUUCAAGCAGGAGUGAAAAGCAAUUCUGAGGCAACAGCUGCUUUGGAUUUUGUCAGUUCCGUUAAAUUUUUAGAUUCCCCAAUUCUAAUUUGUCUACAGUUGUUGAAUGGACCAUACCAAUCCAGGGAGAAGGUUACGAUCUACAAAUCAUUGCAAGAGCAUGUAGUGUUUUCCAAGAGGAAGAAGAGAACAAGGUCGUUUCAGGGAGCAGAAUUGCCUCUGCAUCAAGCCAAUUCCGAAAUGUGUAAAAAAAUGUUCUCAGAGCAACAGUAGGCUUUAAACUGGGCGCUGAACUGAUGGUGCUGAAUGCCCAAAUCAAAGAGCAAAAGUAGCUGGGUUGACAAUUUCCUCUGACCCACUGCAUCUCUUUCCCAUACCUUUACCAUUCUGUAAAUCCCACUUUGACAUGGGCUGUAUGAUUAACAAUCUACUUGCUCUCAGUGCAACUGUCCCCUGGCAGAUUCUUAACCAAUUCACCUCUGGAUGUGAUUAUCAUUAAUAAUGUUGAUGUUGUAAUUUUAAAGUAAAAUGCAAAUAUGAAAGUCAGUAAGUGUACUGGGACAUUGACGACAAACGUUCUCCAAAUCAAAGUACACCAUCUUAUCAUGUGUGUAGCUACAUUACUUGAUAUGUUGGCUAAUCUUUCAAAUCAAGAAUACAGCAUUUCACAUAAUUCGGCCUCCCAAUCCCUGACCUAUGCUUCAAUUUUUUUUUUUUUGCCUUUUACCCAAUUUUCUUCCCUUAUUUUAAUCAUCUUAUCAGUUGAAUCCACUCCCGUGUGUUCGUCAAUUGCAAGGUCAGAGCAAUGAGGUUUAAUUUAGCUGCCUUUUUAUGUUGAGCAAUUAACAGGUUGUUGAAGUUGCAGUGGUAUUUCAAAGCAAAUAAGGUGUCAUUUAACUGAAAACAGAGAUAAAAUUAUUCAGCUCUCCCAAAUCUCACAUUCCCCCAAACACCGCGUUCGUUAGACUCACAUUUUUGACUUGGAAUUAAGUUUAUUUAAAAUAAACAGAACCUAUUGUUUCAUUGGCUUUCA